AUGUCGGCCGCCCCGAAAGUCGGCGAAGUGACGCCGACUUCGCAGGACUUCCCUCUGUAUCUCGACCUGGGUAGUGGACUCACUGCCAAGCUCGACGAACACGACUACGCCGUCCUCGUAGACCAUAGGCUAGAGUUCAACGCCCGUUGCUUGGGAUUCAGCCUCAAGUACGCAUGGAUUCGCGCGGCGCCGGCCAACAUGCGAUUGUGGUCGAUAGGACUCGGCCGGCUUCGGGCGGCGAUGGGCAAGGAAGACCACUCAUGCUUUGCUACGGUGUUCGACGCCGACGUAGCUGUUAUCCCUCUGUAUUCGAGGUUUUUCCGGGCGGUGGUGCUGGCCGAGCUCGGCCGCGAUGGCCGGCAGUGGGAGUGGCCGAAGCCUUUUGCUGAAGAGGUGGCGGACAGGCUCGCCGACUGCGAUGAACCCGUUCGAGAUAAAGUGCGUGACACCGUCCGGGACAGCGACGCAGGCUCUGGCCUCCUAUCAAUGAGCGCGCUGUGGUGGGUGGUGAAGAGGAUGGAUCGCCUGACCGGCGACGACCGUCGCAGUGCGACCAGCAUGGACAAGGUCCUCGUUUCGGGGUUGAAGGAGCUGCGGAUUCGGAUGAUCACAUACAUCAAGGAACACGUCGCACGAAAACGGUCAGGCCAUGUCGGAGUUGCUGCCGAUGCCUGUGGCGACGACGCCGCGGAGGCCCCUUCGGCAUCCCAAGCAGUCGGUGUCGCCGACACCAGCGGAGAGGCCGGAGACGGCGUCGACAAGGCAGAUGAGAAGGCAGAAAGGUCUGUGGCGAGGACCGCGGAUCAGGAAAAGGAGGAGGAGGAUCGUGAGGAGCGUGAGCAGGGGCAUGGGCAGGAGGAGGAGAAGGAGGAGGAGGAGGAGGAGGAUGAGGAGGAGGAGGAGGAGGAGGAGGAGGAGGAGGAGGAGGAGGAGGAGGAGGAGGAGGAGGAGGACAAGGCGGCGGCGGCGGAGGCCGUGGAGCAGGGUUUCGGGUCGGUGGAGCAGGUGGCGGAGGGGGAGAAGCAGAAAGAGGGGGAGGAGGAGGUAGAGUUCCCCUGGGUCGAAUUCGAGAUGGAGGAUGUUGAGGGAGCGGCGGCGGUGGCCGUGGAGGGAGCGGCGGCGGCCGUGGAGGGAACGGGUGGGAUGUCGGCGGAUGUUGUGUACGUGCGAGGGGAGGGUGCCGAUGUGGAGAAUGUCGGCGUGGAGGAGGCGCACGUGGUCGGCAAUGUGGUUGGUGACGCGAAGGAGGAGGAUAACGCCGCGGCCCCGACGCCGACGGGCGUGGAGACCACCACAGGGAACGCAGGGGUGGAACGCUGGGGUGGAGCGGUAGAGGCGGGCCGUCAACCGGGUUCCUCAGCAGCUGGUCGGCAGGCAACGCCGGCCGUCGUCGCGCAGCUGCGACAGGAGAACAGGUGGCUGAGGGCUGAAAAUGCUCGUCUCGAGACGGCGCUCGGAAUGGAGAGGGGUCGGGUGGACAGGUUUGCGAUGGGGAUUGGCCGCCUCGUGGACAAGCUCAGGUCGUUGGCCGACCAGGUCGCCGCCUCCGACCAGGACGCGUCGAGUCGGCUGAUGGACGCGUCCUUGACCAUGGCAACGACCGUGACGGAGAACAUCACCGCCAACAUGGGUGAAGCAUGGGAUGCGAUGAAGGCGUACGCCGAGAGGGCGGAGUGCUGGUUGGACGAUCUAGAGAAUCCGGAGGGGUUUAUGGCGGUGCAACGUGCGAACGCGGUCGUCCCCAUGGGCAACCACGUGGACGAAGCGAGGAAGGGAUUGGAGGAAUACAUAUCGAAGCACCUAGUCGCCGCGCAGACCAACAUCGCCGCCGCGGUAACUCAACGCGUCGCCGUCCCGCCGCCCACGCCGCCCGCCCCACCGCCAGCCUUCCCGGACGAGCUCAUGAAGUCUUUCAAGGCGGACGUGUUGAAGGCGGUGACUGAGGCCACCCAGCAGUCGUUUGUUGCAUCCGGGUUAAACCUCAUGACCCAGGUGAUCGGCCAUCUGGUGCCUGGUCGGCAUGGGUCGUCGCCGUCGGCCAAUGAGGCCGACAAAAAGGGUGCGAAAAGGGCGGGCGGCGGAGAUGAUGCGUUGAGCUCGAAGCGGAGCAAGGGAGCCGAUGGGAGCCGCGGCGUCGGCCAGGUGGGUCCAGGCGGCUCGCGGAGCAAGGGAGUCGACGGGAGCGGAGGUACAAGCGUGGUCAACCAGCUCAAGAAGAACGGGGCCAAGGUGAUAAGGACGCACAGCAAGGGCGAUGGAAUCAGGAGUGCGGAGGGGGGCCCUGCCGACCAGGUUGCCGCUCAAGAGGCUGGACCAACAGCCCCGCCAUUAGUCGCCGAGAAGCCGGCCAGUCUAGCGACCGCACCAACGGCGAUAGAUGGCGGCGCCAAAACCGUCAAGGGACCGUCCGGCGGAGUGGCGGGGACCACGUCGAUCCCCCGCAACCCCCCUGCGGCUAGCAGCGCGCCGAUCGCCCCGUCAGCCGCCAACAACGAUGGGCCGUCCCUUGCGGCUUUUCCAGCACCAGCAGGCACGUCUGCCGCCAAGGUUGACGCGGUGGAUGCUGCGGCUAACCGCGCUGGUCCGUCCGCCCCAAAGGCGAACGCGCUCAGGGAGAUGCUCAGCCGCAUGGAGACCCAUCGACAGGACGUGCAGCAGCCUCCCGUGGUCGGUACCGCGCCGGCCACAACAGCACGUCGCUCGGUCACUCCCCAGGUCGCCGCCACAACGUCCAGUGCCCCACCUACCGCGCCUAUCAUCGCCACCCGUCCUCCUGUGGACCCAAAGUCCGAGUUGCUUCGCGCCCGGUUAGGCGCACGUACUUUGGCAGCGCCCGCACGGGCUCAGCCGGUAUCCAGCUCACGCGCGACGCUGACGUCGGUGACCGUAGAUGCACACACACUCGGUGCGGCUACUGUCGAGGCGGUGGCGGAGAAGGGCGUGAGUGCAGCGCUAGCCACGGGCGGCAGAUCAGUUGACCCUGCACAGGCGGCGAAGGACCACAACGACGCCGAUAUCGCUGCCAUCCAGGACCUGUUGGAAGCCGUAAACCGCCCCAAGAAGCCCCCUGUGCUGGCCAUCUUGGACUCGGCGAGUCCCACCGGUUGUACAGCGGAGCCAAAGACGACCACUGCUGCGGUCGGCGCGGGAAAGUCGAAACGGAAGGGGACGGUCGACGCAGGGAAAGCGAGGCCGAGCUCGAAGAAGAAAACACGGGCGACGUCGGCGAUGGUGAAGUCGGUGGAGAAAGGACAGGGGAUGGCGACGGCGAUGGUGAAGGAGAAGGUGGCGGAGAAAGGGAAGGAGAAGGAGAAGGAGAUGGAGGAGAAGAAGGAGAAGGAGAAGGAGGAGAAGGAGGAGGAGGAGAAGGAGGAGGAGGAGAAGGAGGAGGAGGAGGAGGAGGAGGAGGAGGAGGAGGAGGAGGAGGAGGAGGAGGAGGAGGAGGAGGAGGAGAAGGAGAAGGAGGAGGAGGAGGAGAAGGAGAAGGAGAAGGAGGAGAAGGAGGAGGAGGAGAAGGAGGAGGAGGAGAAGGAGGAGGAGGAGGAGGAGGAGGACGAGGAGGAGGAGGAGGAGGAGGAGGAGGAGGAGGAGGAGGAGGAGGAGGAGGAGGAGGAGAAGGAGGAGAAGGUGGAGGAGGCGGAGGUGGAGGAGGAGAAGGCGGCGACGGAGGAGGAGAAGGUGAAGGUGAAAGAACGGAAGGGUCAUGGCAUCCGCCACGACACCACGGGCGACAAGCAAGGGUGGGUGGGCGAGAUUAAGGUGGUCGGGAACGAGAGCAGAUACACCGGCAAGUCCCGCGAGAAGAUGGAGCUGGCGUACCUUCACUCGAUUGUGUACCUCCUGUACGACGGUUACGUCAGCAAGAUCCUCAUGGCCGAGCUCACCGGCUUAGAGGAAACAGUGAUGAAGCAGUGGAGGGCGGUGUGGAAAGAAGUCCGGUUCUUGCCGGCUGGGAUGUGGACGACAUCAGGCGAUGCGCACCACGACGCGCUUUUGCCCGCGAUCUGGUUCCCCGUCGAUGCCGACACGAAGGAAGGGAAGCAGAAAUCGGAUGCAAUGAUGUCGGCCAUGAUUGAUCGCGUGUCCUUGUGCGCGGUGUAUGGGAAGGUCGUUGCAUCCGCGGCGAGAAAGGAGGGCGACACGGAUGAGACGACGGCGAAGGUCGCACAGGCGCUAUCGGCCUCCGCUUGCGCCCUGUGGUGCUUAGUCGAGGGCGACGGCGCCCAGGUGGCUGAUGCCGUGCGCGAAGGGAAGGCGGCGGCGAUGUUGGUCGGCGCGAGCGAGACUACCGCCGCCGAGUUCAAGAAGGUCAUGACGGCGGUGCUGGAGGCCGCGAUCAGCAGGCAGCAACCCCUCGGGGAGGUUGCGCACAACGUCGCACCGGCGUUGGAGUCCACCACUCUGGCCAAAGCCUAUCCGGGGUUGGAUGUUGAUGCCGAGGCCAAACUGAUCGCACGAGCGACGGUGGAAACCCUCGUGUUCUGGGGAAUGUGCCCCGUGGAUGGGCCGAAACUCAGGAAGAUCGGCAUCGCGGUGUCGCUUGACGCGCAGAUGGAGUACGAUAUCGAACACAGGGGGAGGAAGAGGCAGAGGGGCAAGCAGGGCAAGGACAGCUCGGGGAAGAAGGGGAAUAAGGGCAGAGCGGGCAAGGACAGCACGGCGGCGUAG